GGAUAUUUAUUUUAUAAUUUAUAUAAAUUAAUUCAUUUUUAUGCUUAAUUCAUUUUGAAUCUUCUAAAUAUUUUGUGUUCUUGAUUUAUAAAUGAGUUUGUAGUAUGUCUAUAUGAAAAAUUCUCGAUAUUUAGAACACUCACUUCUAGUUCUUCAAUUUUCUAAUCAUAAAUUAUAUCGCUAUCACGUUCCAUUUAGAACUUAUGUAAAAAUCAAACCAAAGCACUAAAGUUUAUUAUCUUAGUUAGAUAAUCUUAGUAAAAAUACUUCAUUAUUGGAUCAAUUUAUUCAUCCAAAUUGAAACUUGACACAUGUCGUUCUCUUUACGAUGAUUAAAUUCUCUAAUCUCGACUCGUUUUCAUUUUGGAUGUUUGUUUUCUUAUCAAGACGCAUAAAUUUAGUAUAGUAUACAAUAUGUACGUAUUAGUCGCUAAUUCUUGAAGUUUAGAUUAACCUUCAAUCCAUGGUCAUUGUUUAUAUGUUUGUUUAGAAUCUUAAAAUGAGACACUCACACACACACUAUCUAGGGUUUUGGUCUUAGCAUGGUGCUUUAGCGUAUAAUUUUCACAUUUUUUAUCCCUUAUAUUAAUAAUUGAUAAAGGGUGCCUACAACACAAACAACUUUCAAGUGCAUUUAAAAUACCUUAUCGUAUGAACAAUAUUAGAGGAUUUCAUUUGAUUAUUUAUAUUAAUUUAUUAUCUUAUACACAUAUCAAUUCGUCAUUCUCGAGUUUCGAUGAACUAUCAACUAAUACUGAGAGUUCAUUUUAUUGGAUAAAAAUACUUGAUUGCUGGAUGAAUUCUGUUUAUCUCAAUUAAAACUUGACACACAUCGUACCUUUAUGAUGAUUAAAUUCAUUAACUACCAAUAUUUAUUAUAGUUUGAAACAGCAGAAAUGGUUUGAUCCUCUUAUUUUUCUUUCUCGAACCGUGAGAUCUACGAAUUAGAAUCCUAAUGCAUAUAGAUGCAAAUAGUCUAAUGGGAGCAAGAAUUACCGUGAACAUUUGGAACAUUUCAUUAUUCACUUACUUUUAUUAUGGAUGUUCAUGGAGUCCCGCUAUAGGAUCUAAUGACAAUAUUUAUCUAUCAAGACACUCAAACUUAUUAUGUUAUAUAAUGUAUAUCAAUUGCUAAUUCUUGAAGUUUAGACCAACCCUCAAGUCAUGAUCAUUUAGUGUAUAAUUUCAAACUUUUUAAAUUUGCAUUCUCUAAAAUUUCUUUUAUCUUUCGUGUUUUUAUGGAACACAAAUUUCAUUACUAAAAGUAAUAAUUGAUAAAGUCUGUGUACAACACACACAAAUUUCAUGUGCAUUUAAAAUGACAUAUCGCUUGAACAAUUAAUUUAUAUUUAAUGGACAAAUAAUUUUCUUAAGAAAUUUCAAAAUUUAUCCAAACAUUGUGACAUUUCAAAUGCAUUUGAAUUAUUGGAUGAAUUUUAGACAUAUAUAUUAUUAAUAUAUAAUUAUAUAUAUUUUUUAAUCCUAAUUAAUAUUUUUGAACUCAACUCAUUGACUGAAAUAUGAAAACAAAAUUUUCUGCCUUGGAUAACUCAAUGUAAAUACAAAUUGGUUAUGUUAGAAAUUAAAUUAUUUUCAUUUUGAAACUUUGAUACACAAAAAAUAUUUUUUUUAUUGUCAAAAUUUUGGAUGGAGUCAUAGGCUCACAACCAUAUAAGCAAAUGAUUGCUUGCAAUUAUGUUACUAAACCCGUCCCUUUAAAGAUUCUUCAUUUUAACCCAAUAUCGCAGUUUAAACUCUUGUAACUACAAAGCUUUCUGGUAUAGCUAGAUAUCUCAACUAACACACUGAUGUUUAUUUACUGCCACAAUCAUUGAAUUUAUAUUUUUCUACCAUGACAUUGGACUAUUAUACUAAACUUGCCAGCAUUUUUUUGAUCAAUGCCUAGGUUAGUAGUUGAUGAAACGUGAUUCUUAUCGUUCAUUCUCAAUAAAAAUUUCUCCAACGUUCAUACAUGUCAUUUUUCAAGGUAUGUUGUGUCUUAUCGUAGGUAGGAAUUCAAAGUUCGUCAAAAAUCAAUCUUAAAUCACUAAUAAAUCUUUGAUUUACAAUCCUCGAUAGUAACUCCAAGUCUGAAAGAAAAUUUCUUAACAUACAACAUAGGACCUCAAUAGAGCUUGGUCAAUCAACAUGAUCUAGAGAAAAUAUUAUUAAUGUGAACUUAUAACAUAGUAUUAAAUUACUGCAAAUGUAAUUUCUCUUCAUUUGAGGAGUUUAAGAUAGAACAUGAAUAUAUAUUUUCACUUAGUCGGAAUGAAUAAGAAGCUUUUUAUUAAAAAAAAUAACUAUUACUACUUGGUCAAAUUUAUAUUUAGACAUUUUGCUAAAUAAUGCUUGUUUUAUUUUAUAGACCUAUACUUUAGAAGAAAAGAGUAUUUCAUAGCAUAAAAUAUAGAUUAAUAUAGUUCAUUUGACAUAGGCGAUUGAUUGUCAAAUGUUUGUUUUCUCUCUUUUCAUAUAUAUAUUUUGCUUAAUCGAAAAAAAAUAUUAUUGUUAUGUGCAUGCUUGUUUAAUUUUUUUCAUCAAAAUUUAACUUAUUAUUAAGUUUUAGUAAAAAUGAGUAGAAAAUUUACUUGAUAAGGUUCAAUCAUAUAAUUUUUAUUUAAACAAACACGAUAUAUGUGACUCUCUGUUUUCAAAUUUGUAUUUUUUUACAUGACAAAAUAUUAUUAUUUGUGUGUGUUUGUUUAAUUGCAUCAAAAUGUAACUAAUUAAGUUUUAGUAAAAAUGAGUAAAAAAUUUACUUAAUAAGAUUUAAUUAUAUAUUUUUGUGUAAAAAAUAUGAUGUAUGUCGGUCUAUUGCCGCGUAAAACAAUAUAAUGUAAAAGAAAAAAAGAGAGGAGUAAUUGGAUUAAAAAAUUGAUAUAUUAAAAGAAGAAAGAGAGAUAGCUUCAUAAAUAGAUCAAUAACUAAAUUUUUGUUUGUACAAUAAUUGUCCACUUUGGCAACUUGUGAAUCCUUCAAGUGCUUAUAUGACAAGAACUUACUUUUGAAUUACCAUACUAGAUAGAUAGAUUAGUCUAGCUAGUUAAGUAAUUGAGAGAAUGACCAUCAACUUGGUUACUAGCUUAGAGAUCCGUUGCUCAUAUGAGGUUUAAGGUGAUUACAUGAGGAUUCUAUUCAAUUUGAUUCUAUCAUAGGGUGAGGGGGAUUCCAAUCGCAAGUAUCUUAUCAAUUUAGAAUUAACCUUACUUGCUAGAUUAAUACUUUGAUUGUUUAUUGUUAGUGUUAGUUAAACACCUCAAUUGGUUGGCUUAAUAGUAUUCCCGAAUUGAACUAUUUGUACAUCCCAAGACUCAUGGAAUACGAACUUUGUCGCCUCUAUACUACAUAGCCAAUCUAAGGUAUACUUGUCCUAGGUUAGCUUAGUGACCCUAAGUUGUUAUGAACCACUACAAGUAUGUUCAAGAGCAAGAAUCUUCUGCCAGUGGCGAGUAUUGUUGGGUAGUUUUUUUUUCCUUUUCUGUCAUAACAGAAGCGUGCAAUCGAUAAUCCAAACCAACACGAACGAACACAAAUUUAACGUGGUUCACUAAUACAAUGUGUGCUAGCUAAUCCACGGGCAGGGAGGACAAAUUUCACUGAUUUGAGGAGAGUACAGGUUACAAACCAAAUUCCAAACAGACAAACCAAACAAACUAACCUGACUGACCUUACUACAAAUUAGGGAGAUGAAGAGUAUUUAUAGAACUCUUCUCCUAAUCCCAAAAAAGAAAACCAAACACCUUUUCCCAAACAUAUAAGGAAAAGGUCAAACAAAACCCAAUCCCAAACCCAAACAAAAUAGGCCUAAAAAAACAAAACAAACCCAAAUCAAAUUCAAGUCAUAUCCUAACAAUCUCCACCUUGACUUGAAUUCUCUGUCAAAUACUCGAUGUACCAGACGCAACCAAAGUUGCCAGAUGUACCCAGACGCGAUACAUAUUGCCAGACGUAUCCAAAUGCGAUCGAAACCGCCAAACUCAAACGCAAUCAGAAUUGCCAGACGUACUAACUCCUCCAAAUCAGCUGUAACAGAAUCUCCCCUGCCUCCAAAUGCCCCUAAGGGCGAUCAACAAAUCAAAACAUGCAGCAAGUCCAGCUCAUGUUGGGACUUGCCACGCAUAACCAACUUGGUGUUAUUUCCAGAACAAACGCGGACCUCCCUCGAUCCGCCAAACUAGAUGUAGCCCAAACGGGGAUCUCUCGUGGAUCCACCAAACCAGACGCGGAUCGCAAAUCCCAAGGCCACCGAAUGAGGGUCCACCAAACUGACAUCCACCGCCCCAACAGAACCAGGCUCUGAUACCACUUGUCAGAACAGAAGCGUGCAAUCGAUAAUCCAAACCAACACGAACGAACACAAAUUUAGCGUGGUUCACUAACACAAUGUGUGCUAGCUAAUCCACGGGCAGGGGGGACCAAAUUUCAUGAUUUGAGGAGAGUACAGGUUACAAACCAAAUUCCAAACGGACAAACCAAACAAACUAACAUGACUGACCUUACUACAAAUUAGGGAGAUGAAGAGUAUUUAUAGAACUCUUCUCCUAAUCCCAAAAAAGAAAACCAAACACCUUUUCCCAAACAUAUAAGGAAAAGGUCAAACAAAACCCAAUCCCAAACCCAAACAAAAUAGGCCUAAAAAAACAAAACAAACCCAAAUCAAAUUCAAGUCAUAUCCUAACAAUCUCCACCUUGACUUGAAUUCUCUGUCAAAUACUCGAUGUACCAGACGCAACCAAAGUUGCCAGAUGUACCCAGACGCGAUACAUAUUGCCAGACGUAUCCAAAUGCGAUCGAAACCGCCAAACUCAAAUGCAAUCAGAAUUGCCAGACGUACUAACUCCUCCAAAUCAGCUGUAACAGAAUCUCCCCUGCCUCCAAAUGCCCCUAAGGGCGAUCAACAAAUCAAAACAUGCAGCAAGUCCAACUCAUGUUGGGACUUGCCACGCAUAACCAACUUGGUGUUAUUUCCAGAACAAACGCGGACCUCCCUCGAUCCGCCAAACUAGAUGUAGCCCAAACGUGGAUCUCUCGUGGAUCCACCAAACCAUACGCGGAUUGCAAAUCCCAAGGCCACCGAAUGAGGGUCCACCAAACUGACAUCCACCGCCCCAACAGAACCAGGCUCUGAUACCACUUGUCAGAACAGAAGCGUGCAAUCGAUAAUCCAAACCAACACGAACGAACACAAAUUUAGCGUGGUUCACUAACACAAUGUGUGCUAGCUAAUCCACGGGCAGGGGGGACAAAUUUCAUGAUUUGAGGAGAGUACAGGUUACAAACCAAAUUCCAAACGGACAAACCAAACAAACUAACAUGACUGACCUUACUACAAAUUAGGGAGAUGAAGAGUAUUUAUAGAACUCUUCUCCUAAUCCCAAACAGAAAACCAAACACCUUUUCCCAAACAUAUAAGGAAAAGGUCAAACAAAGCCCAAACCCAAACAAAAUAGGCCUAAAAACACAAAACAAACCCAAAUCAAAUUCAAGUCAUAUCCUAACAAUCUCUACCUUGACUUGAAUUCUCUGUCAAAUACCAGAUGUACCAGACGCAACCAAAGUUGCCAGAUGUACCCAGACGCGAUACAUAUCGUCAAACGUAUCCAAAUGCGAUCGAAACCGGCAAACUCAAACGCAAUCAGAAUUGCCAGACGUACUAACUCCUCCAAAUCAGCUGUAACAGAAUCUCCCCUGCCUCCAAAUGCCCCUAAGGGCGAUCAACAAAUCAAAACAUGCAGCAAGUCCAACCCAUGUUGGGACUUGCCACGCAUAACAAACUUGGUGUUAUUUCCAUCGAUAACACCAACAUCAGAUUUACUUCCAACUCCAAACCUCCAACUCCAAAUCGACUUCUCAAUCUUCAUACUGAUAGCAACCAUUCUUACUAUCAAACAAGCUCCAAUCAGAUACCACUUGUCAGAACAGAAGCGUGCAAUCGAUAUUCCAAACCAACACGAACGAACACAAAUUUGACGUGGUUCACUAACACAAUGUGUGCUAGCUAAUCCACGGGCAGGGGGGACAAAUUUCACUUAUUUGAGGAGAGUACAGGUUACAAACCAAAUUCCAAACAGACAAACCAAACAAACUAACCUGAAUAACCUUACUACAAAUUAGGGAGAUGAAGAGUAUUUAUAAAACUCUUCUCCUAAUCCAAACAGAAAACCAAACACCUUUUCCCAAACAUAUAAGGAAAAGGUCAAACAAAGCCCAAUCCCAAACCCAAACAAAAUAGGCCUAAAAACACAAAACAAACCCAAAUCAAAUUCAAGUCAUAUCCUAACACUUUCAUUUCAUUGCUUUUUUUCAUUUUCGUUUUCCUCUUUCAUUUCCUAUGUUGACGAGAAGAAGCACUUGCCCUCUCCAUUUUGCUCUUGUUUUUUUGUUUUUUUGUUUUUGCUUAUUAAUGGGUGUUUGAUAUUCAAACCUUAUGAGAAAAUCAUACUUUUCAUAAAAAGGUAUUAUGUUCAACCCUUCUUUACUUCCCUUGUUCAAGUAUAUUGAGGACAUGUUCAAAUUAAAGUGUGGGUUGGGAUUUGUUUGAUAUGCUAAGAUGAUUAAGGAUGCAUGCUCUACCUUUUUAGGGGUGUUCAAAUGGUUACCAUGGUUAUAACCAAACCAAAUAAGGUUAAAUUCCGUUAACCAUGGAAUACAAUAUCAUAACCAAACCGUUCAAACUAAUACAACAACCAAAUUAACCAAACUAAAGUUUAAUCGGUUUGGUUAAUUGUUUAACCAGAUUAACCAAUAUAAAAUCAUAUUACCAUUGACGAUGAAAAUUUUUCGGGUAAUGCAACAAUUCGUAAUUUAUAUAAUGAAUAAAACAUAACAAUCAACACGUAGUUAUAGUUGAGCCUUAACAAAAAUACAUACAACUAAGACAAUUAUCUUACGAUUAGUAUAGAAGUAUUCACCUAACAAAAAUUUAUGACAAUGGUAUGGGUUAAAGAAUUGUUGUGUUUGUGUAAAUUGACUUAGUCUCUUAGCAAUUAUCAUAGGCCGGAAAUGACCUUCCUUUCAAGUUUUCAUCCAUCAUAAUGUAUGAAAUUUAUCUAAAUUAGGCGUUCAUAUGUUGUGGUCUACACUUUACAUAUACCAAUAUACUCUAUAUGAGCAAUAUUGAGCUUUAUAUUUUAUGAGUCUAAAAGGGAUGACUGGUUAGGAGUGUCUGAAACCAAACCAAACCACCCAAACCAAACAAGCUAAAAACUUUAACCAAACCAAACCAAUUAUCCAAAUUAACCAAACCAAAUUAUCCAAAUAGUACUGGUUAAAACGGUUACCACAAUAACCAAACCAUUUGAACACCCCUACUAGUUGUAACUUUGGUUUCAUUUUAUGUUCGGUUUGACUAAAUUUAAAAAACUGAAAGAUAGGUUCCACCGAGAUUUGAACUCGGGUUACUGGAUUCAGAGUCCAAUGUCCUAACCACUAGACCAUGGAACCUGGUUUUGCUCGGAAAUUCAUUUGUUAUUAAAUAUUCUACCGAUUAGUUACAUGGCAUGCAUGUACCUUGAACUGUUCAUUUGCCUAACAUUUGGGCAGUGAGAAGAUCGAUGGAUUCCAUUAAAGCGAAGAUGCUCUCAUUUCUGUUAACUGGUAUGUUCUACCAUGUUUAUGUGAAUGAAUGGACGUAGAUUAUACACGUUGUACUAUUUUACCUUUUGUUUUGGGAUUUCUCAUUCUUCUAAUUAAUGGCCAAUUCAACAAAGCUCCACUUUCUCAGCAUUUUGGGUAAACAGAGAAUGUGGGAGAAUUGUAGGGCAUCUUGGGAUUCUGAAGACAGAUCAAACAACCCCACGUCUCUACAUCAGCCCUAAGCCACAGCUUGGAAAGGCUUUCUCUUCAUUCAUGGCUUAAAAUGUCAGAAAUUGAUUCUACCCAACAAAAAAAAUGUCAAUAUUGAACGAAGAUGAUCCACUGAGCAAGCAAUCCUAUUAUUUUAGACCGCAUGCCUAAGGCAAUAGGCAAAGUACCCCUAAGAGAACACUAAAUGUUUCAAGUGGAGCCGUAGAGGAAAGGAUUAUGAAUCUAUAGAGUGAGAGAUGUGGUUCAAGAGAGCUUACGGCUUUCCACAAUAUGGUAUUGUGCUUCAUCCGAUCGAGUUGAGCUGAUCACACACACUGCACGACUAUUUUGCCACAACAUAUCGUUAUUUGUCAGAUGCUCAGAUUUCAUUACGAGGUACGAUGCUCUCACACAUUAUCAAUUGUGUGGCAAACACCCUCGCCCAUUGGAGCCACUUAUGGAUGGAUGAUUUCGAUAUCACUUAUUCGCUAUACAAAAAAAAAUUUGCGUACCGCCUUCUGCAAGAUCCUUUUUUGAAGUUCUCAUCGCUCGUUUCAUUCUCGGUUGUGAGAGAUCCAUUUCAACUCCUAAUUCAUCAUUCAUUAAUGAAGAACAUGCCUAUAGGAACUAGGAGUUGAAAAAAGAAUAGCAAGUGCCACAAGAGUUUGGGUGGGGGAAGUAGUACUUGGGGAGAAACAAAAGAGAAGAGUGGGCCUAGGGGUGUUCAAAUGGUUACUAUGGUUAUAACCAAAUCAAAUAAGGCUAAAUUUCAUUAACCAUGGAAUGCAAUAUCAUAACCAAACCGUCCAAAUUAAUACAACAACCAAAUUAACCAAACUAAAGUUUAAUCGGUUUGGUUAAUUGGUUAACCAGAUUAACCAAUAUAAAAUCAUAUUAUCAUCAAGUGAGAAAAAUUUUGGUUAAUUUAUCAAUUCACAAUUUAUAUAAUGAAUAAAACAUAACAAUCAACACAUAGUUAUAAUUGACCCUUAACAUAAAUACAUGCAACUAGGACAAUUAUCUUACGGUUAGUAUAGAAGUAUUCACCUAACAAAAAUUUACCACAAUGGUAUGGAUUAUUGAAUUGUUGUGUUUGUUUGAAUUGACUUAGUCUUUUAGCAAUUUUCAUAUGCUGAAAAGGACCUUGCUUUCAAGUUUUCAUCUAACAUAAUGUAUGAGAUUUAUCUAAAUUAGGCGGUCAUAUGUUGUGGUCUACACUCGACAUAUACAAAUAUACAUUAUAGGAACAA